ACUACUUUUCCUUCCCCCGCCACAUACACAUUUGCUCAAAUAUUCCAAUUAUUAUUAUUAUUUUUGUUUUUUUAAAAAAAAUUUCUUCUCCGAUUCCUUCCCUUCAACGCCACUUUAAAACAAACAAUCGUACCUUCAAAUGUCAAAUAGUAAUAAAAUCACUGUAAAUGUAAAAAAGUCUUGUCUCACCGCAAACUUUAUUUGAAAAUCCUCCAUUGGAUCCAUAAUCCACAAUUACAUUUAGGGAAAUUCCUUUAAUUCCUUCAAUGUUACGUUUAUUUUAAAGAAGAAAUCAAACGAGAUAUCAACAAUGGCUACAAUUUCAACAGCUCGAAGCACUGCUUACCUUACAGCUCUUACACAAGAGAUUGAAAAAAAGCUUCAACGUGCAUUGACUUCGCCAUCGCUGAGGCGUAACUUAUUGCAAGAGUUAUUCGCUGAUAUAGCUUUGGAAGUAGAUGAUAGAGCAAAAGAGAUAAUACUCAGCAGCGAGGAUGCUAUUACUGUUGCAGAGGAACAGUCUGAAGGACCGAUAUGCUACUACUAUGUGCUUGCUGAUCAUUUUGUCCAUGUACCUCAGAACGGAAAGCCAAUCCUUGAUCUGAUAGUCCAACUGUGGAGCCAAUCUUUCGCUUCAAAUAUAUUUUCAGUCCUUUUCCACAAGUGGUUGUUCGAGGUUCAACUCGAAAAUUCUGAAGUCCUCCUCCGCUACUCAUCAGCUCUGGUUCAAGGAGCUACAAAUGUAUUCUGGAUUGACAUCCAAACAAAUACAAGGCGUUUCCAGAGUCUCUUUCAGUAUCUGCUUGAAGAUGUUGCCCUUGUUCCUGAGCGAUUAAAGAAGAUCCCUUUGCAGGCCCAAAGAGAUCUAUUUCUGUUCCUUUCCAGGUUCAUAUUUUUCUAUAACCUAGCUGACAGGCUAGGAAGCUUUUUAAGUCAAUUCCCUGACUUUCCAAAUGCUUUCCUGAUUGGUGGUCCAGCAGAUAUAUUUGUCACUGAACUAUCUGAUCAGCUUCAAAAACUAAAAGUGGAGCCAGUCUUGUUGCAUUACCUCUCCCAAUUGAAAGUCCUUCAAGGAUUAGAGUUGAGAAUGGCCACUAGUACAAGAUUGAAAACUUGCUUGUAUAGCUUCACGUCACCCGGUGCUCCCAUGUACCCAACAAGAGCUGUUCGGCAUGCAGCAUGGAAUGCCUUAGAUUUGCUAUAUCCUGUCGGGCGAUACCCUCGGCAUAUUAUAAGUCUCUUUUUCCGCUUGCUGUAUCCUUGGUACUGGCCUUCUUCAUUUUGGAACUUUAUAAAGUCGUGCAUUCUGGCCAUAUUCUAUUCUCUUUUGAGGUUAAUGUUUUCUAGUUGGGAUAAAGUGAGGAGUAGAACAAAGGAGCAAUGAUGUCUGCACCAAUGGUUCUACAUUUAGCUUGUGUGGAGUAAUGUUGUAUGUGUUUUAAUCGAGAGGUUCGGUUCCCGAUGUAUCAAAGGUUUUACUCCCAGCAUGUAAUUAAGAUACUGAGAAUUAUUGUUCUUUACCAAAAAAAAAAAAAAAAAAAAAAAAAAAAGAAAGAAAGAAAGAAAGAUACUGAGAAUUAUUGUUCUCGAAAGCAUGUUGGUGUACAUCGAUGUAGAGCAGUAUAGUUGUCCAUUCCCCCCGUAGUGGAUA